UUGGGCGUGUCAGUGUCUGCUUGCUUGACAUUGAUAAAGUCAGUCUAAAAGUUACACUAUUAAAAAGAGGCAGCAUAGUGACAGUUUCUGUAUCUUUUAAAGGCAAUGGCUCAUCAAACUGGGAUCAAACCUUCUGAUGAACUCAACGAGUUAAUAGCUGAAGCAUUGAACGGGAAACUGCGUAUUCUACAAGUCGCCAUUGAGAAUGAGCAACUUGUCGCAAGAGAACACAGACCGCCGAACGGAACCUGGGAAGAUGAUUAUGAUUCAUUGAUUCUCCCUUGCCUCCAAGACAAGGAAGCCUGCUACAUUUUGUAUCGUCUGGAUGAGAGAAACGCUUACGAAAAGCAUCUCUGGGUUUUUCUGACAUACACACCAGAUGAAGCACCAGUUAGACAAAAGAUGUUGUAUUCAGCUACCAAAGCCACAAUGAAGAAGUCAUUCAGCAGUGGUGUACUAAUCUAUGACAUUAGUGCCACUAAUAAAGAUGAGAUGACAUUAAAAGGAUACCAUAAACACGUAGAGUCAGUUAAUGCUCCUCCUCCGUUGACAAGAGAAGAAGAAGAAUGGAAAGAAAUAGAAGAGAAUCAAGAUCAUGUUGAUGUUGGUACUACCACAAGACAGAGUCACCUUCAAGGCGUUAGCUUCCCUCUUCAUGAUGAUGCAUUAGCUGCAAUUGAGGACUUGAAAAAGAAAAGGAUACAGUACAUUCAACUGUCUAUUGAUUUAGAUAAGGAGGUGAUAGUUCUUGAAGAUGCAGCCGACAGUUUAAAACCUGAUGACAUAGCCAGUCAUAUCUCAACCACUAAACCUGGUUAUCACUUGUAUCUCUUUAAACACACUCAUGAGGGAGAUUACCUUGAGAGCUUUAUUUUUAUUUAUUCUUGUCCCGGUUACAAGUGCUCGGUAAAGGAGAGAAUGGUAUACUCCUCAUGUAAGAGUCCAUUAAUAUAUGCAUUGAAGGAAGACGGGGUUGCCAUAGAUAAAACCCUUGAGUUGGAUGAUCCUUCAGAGGUAACUGAGAAGUUCUUAAUGGAUGAGUUACAUCCAGUUCAGCAAGCCUAUAGACCUCAGUUUGCUAAACCCAAACCACCUGGAAGGAAGAGGUAGAAUCUCUUGUUUAUCUUUAUUUCUCCGCGAGUGUUUCAUGAAUUGUCAGCUGCAGCAUUAUUGUUUGUGUUUAGUUCUCUAAACUUAAAAAGAUACUAUAGUUCUAUGAUUAUUUAUUAAUAUUAUUAUUAUUAUCAUUAUUAUUUGAAUUGUUUUCUCUUGUGAAUUAGUUUAUACUUUUAUUAAAAAUAAUCUAUACAUUAAUCUUCAUUGUA